GCAUGGGCCGCCCGCACGCCGCCCGCGCCCCGCGCGCUGCCCAGCCCGGCCCCUAGCCGCGGGCCCCGCCGAGCUCUCGCCGCGCACGGACACAAUGGCCGCCACGGCGGGCAGCGCCGCCCGCAGCAGCCGCGGCCGCGCGGGCACCGACGCCGCGGGCACCGGCGCGGGGCCGCCGCCCGAGCAGCCCCCCCGGAAGCCGCGCAUGGACCCGCGGCGCCGCCAGGCUGCCCUGUCCUUCCUCACCAACAUCUCGCUGGACGGCCGGCCGCCGCAGGGCGCCGAGUGGGGCGGCGGCGAGGACGGCGGCGCCCGGAGCCGGCACAGCCUGCUGGCCGCGGCGGGCACGGCGGCGGCGGCGGCGGCGCUGGCGGCGGGCGCGGGCCCCUGCCCGGCGCCGCACCCGCCGCUGCCGGCCCUGCUGCCCGGCGGCCACGCGGCGGCCCGCGGCUUCUCCAGUCCCCUGGGCGCGGGCCGGGCGUCGGGGGAGCCGUGGCAGACCCCGCGGUCGGCGCCGCCGCAGCUGCCCGACGGGCUCGGGGGCUCGGGACCCGAGGAGUCGGAGGAGGACGAUGCCUUUACCAGCGUGCAGGUGCCCGCCGCCGCCUUCCUGGGCUCUGCGACCCCCGGCAGUGGCGGCGGCAGUCGGGGCCGCCUCAACUCCUUCACUCAGGGAAUCCUGCCCAUCGGCUUCUCCAGGCCCAGCUCGCAGAAUUACUGCCCCCUGGAGCAGCCCGGCCCGGGGGGCAGCGCCAGCGCCUUCGAGCAGCUGCAGAGGUCGCGACGUCGCCUCAUCUCCCAGAGAUCGUCCCUGGAGACCCUGGAGGAUAUUGAGGAGAAUGCCCCUCUACGGAGAUGCAGAACUCUCUCAGGUUCGCCCAGACCAAAGAACUUCAAGAAGAUUCAUUUUAUCAAGAGCAUGCGGCAGCACGAUACCAGGAACGGCAGAAUAGUCCUUAUCAGUGGCAGAAGAUCCUUCUGUAGUAUAUUUUCCGUGCUGCCGUAUGGCGACAGUGCCCAGGUUGGGGAUUUGAAGUUGGACGGAGGGCGACAAUCAGCCGGUGCUGUGAGCUUGAAAGAGAUCAUUGGCCUGGAGGGCGUGGAGCUGGGUGCGGACGGGAAGACGGUGUCCUACACACAGUUUCUUCUCCCCACAAAUGCCUUUGGAGCCCGGAGAAACACCAUCGACUCCACCUCGUCCUUCUCCCAGUUCCGUAACCUCAGCCACCGCAGCCUGUCCAUUGGACGCGCCAGCAGCACCCAGGGGAGCCUUGACACAGGUAGCGAGCUCGGAGACCUCGUGGACUAUGACCCCAACCUCCUGGAUGAUCCCCAGUGGCCUUGUGGCAAGCACAAGCGGGUUCUCAUCUUCCCCUCAUACAUGACCACGGUCAUCGAUUACGUGAAGCCCUCGGAUCUUAAAAAGGACAUGAACGAGACCUUUAAGGAGAAGUUUCCUCACAUCAAAUUAACUCUCAGUAAAAUAAGGAGCUUGAAGCGAGACAUGCGGAAGCUGGCCCAGGAGGACUGUGGCUUCGAGGAGCCCACGGUGGCCAUGGCCUUCGUCUACUUUGAGAAGCUCGCCCUCAAGGGAAAGCUGAACAAGCAGAACCGGAAGCUAUGUGCCGGAGCGUGUGUGCUGCUGGCAGCCAAGAUCGGGAGCGACCUCAGAAAGCACGAGGUCAAGCAUUUGAUCGAUAAACUGGAAGAGAAGUUCCGGCUAAACAGGCGAGAACUGAUUGCCUUCGAAUUUCCAGUGUUAGUGGCCUUGGAAUUUGCCCUUCAUCUGCCCGAGCACGAAGUCAUGCCCCAUUACAGACGCCUGGUCCAGAGCUCCUAGCACAGGGCCCUCCUGCACAGACAGACCCGCACUUACUACUGGAAUGCUACGGAACCGGGCCUUGGCCUAGCACGCUCUCUCCCUCGCUGGCUGUUUGGGAAACU